GAGAGGAAAACAGAAUCAAAGAGAGCGUUUGAGACCUUCAUAUGGUCAUUAACAUCUGGAGCAGAGAGGACAACAAGCCUGUUUACACACUGUCGAUCACAGACUGGACCAUAUGACCAGAGUGAGGAGAGCGAGGGUGAGAGAAUGAACUGACAGCUGAACAUUCGGGGCUUGGUCAGAGGAACAAACAGGGACGAACAGAAGCCUCUACUCACCACAGUUAUGAAUCAUCCAGGAAUUUUCUGAUUGGACAUUUGGAAAAUCAUCGUCGUCAUGUGGGACCACGCGAGAGGAUGACUGGACAUCUGCAUCUUCUCAACUUCACAGGAGCUGGACGAGCGACUGUAUUCAGGAUGAACUGUGCUGUGAUUCUUCUGUUAACAUCAGGCUGCUUCACCUGGUCUUCAGCUGUAUACGCCACCAACAGAGCAGCACCCAAGAAGCUGAAGUACCUGAUUGACCCGCCUGUGUACGCCGAGGUCAUCGGCCGAAGGGGAGGUAAUGUCACCUUGCCGUGCAUGCUGAAAACCAAACCCAACUACUACAAAGUGAAAUGGACAAAGCUGGAGCCGGAACGUGUAGGGCCAGAGAACAUCAUCAUGAUAUCAAACGCACACGCCUUCAAGCCGUACGGCCAGGUUGGACCGCGGGCUUCUCUUCGAAAUGCUCACACCAUGGACGCCUCCUUGCUGCUCAGACACCUGCGGCUGGAAGACGGCGGCACGUAUCGCUGUGAGCUCAUCAAUGGCAUCGAGGACGAGAGUGUCAUCAUGGAGUUGAGGAUUGAAGGUGUGGUGUUCCCCUAUCAGAGUAAAAACGGACGCUACCAAUUCACUUUCCAAGAAGCCAAGGAGGCUUGUACUGAUCAAGAUGGCAUACUAGCCACAUACGACCAGCUCUACAGAGCCUGGACGGAGGGUCUGGACUGGUGUAAUGCCGGGUGGCUCCGCGAUGGAACCGUCCAUUACCCCAUCAUCCGUCCUCGACCCGUCUGUGGAGGAGAGCUGCUCCCCGGGAUUCGCACUUAUGGACCAAAGGAUAAGAAUCGCGACCGGUUCGAUGCUUUCUGCUUCACCUCCCAGACGUCUGGCUCCGUCUUCUACAUAUCGGGCUCCUUCUCCUUCGAACAGGCGGAACACGCAUGUAAACGUCAGUUCGCUGAGUUGGCGUUGGUCGGCCAGCUUUACGCCGCCUGGCAUUUCCAGAACUAUGACCAGUGCGACGGCGGGUGGCUGAGAGACGGCAGCGUACGCUUCCCCAUCAGCAACCCCAGGCGGCGCUGUGGAGGCCUCCCCGAGGCGGGGGUGCGCUCCUUUGGAUUCCCCAGCAAGAUGACACAUCUUUACGGAGCCUAUUGCUAUAGGUAGCCUCGAGUAAAAGCCUUGAGGCGUCACAGAAACCAGAACACAUAUUAUUUACAGCAAUGAUCCACCAAUGGGACAAGAAACCUCACAUCUGAAGCAACAGACAAUUACUUACAACAGAAUUAUAUGGUUAUAUUUGACUUUUUAUAUUUCCAACAUUAAAUUAGUCAUAUAAUUUAGUCAGGAUAUGAGUGCUUAUAAGAGUAUAUUCAUUGAAAACAGGGAUUUUUGAGUCCAAAACAAAAAAGGCCCCAUUUGUGUAAUUUGGUGGAUUUGGAAAAUGUUAAAUCCAGGAACUAAUUUAGUGGCAGACAGAUUCUUAUACAGUAGCUCUAAAAUCUUUAUUUUUAUUUUAUUGUAUUUUAUUUUUAACCCAAAUGACUGGUUUGGAUGACCAUGGACUUUUGACAGAUUCAGAAGUUUUUUUGAUCAUGAUUUUUUUUUCUUUUAUUUGACAUAAAGACAGUACAAAUCUAUAUUAAACCUGUAUGUAAAGUGAAAUUUAGUUUUUCCAGGAUGGUAAAUUUUGUCUGUGACAUGGGAAACACAAUUUCCAAAAGUAAUAAUCACUUAAGAGAUAACUGUUGGUUGGUAAAACAGUGUAACAGGCCGACUGUUUACUGUGGUUUAUAUUGGAUAACGGCAGCCUCUGUGACUAAUAGAAUAAUUAGAAGGAAGUAAAUGGUGCAAAACACACACACAAUCAUCUUGCACUAAACCUGUAUUAACUUGACAGCUCUGUAAACCUGUUGUCUGUCUAACUCGACACUGAUCUGCUUCCUGUGAGCUCAUUCAGAGCAGCUAAAAAGGGUGAACUGGUUUAUCUGUAAAUUAAUUGCAUGUGAUUUAAUUUAUUCAAUAAAGAUUAUGUCCACGUAUCAAUGUA